GCAGCACAAAAUUCCCAAGGCAUCACAACCUUACUUGAAGCAGAAAAAGAAGCGGCAAAGACAGUUCAACGUGCGAGACAAUAUCGGGUUCAAAAACUAAAGGAUGCUAGAACAGAGGCUGCAAAAGAAAUUGAAGCUUUAAAAGAACAAAAAAAUGCAGAAUAUAAAGAUUUUGCAGCAAAGCAUGUUGGCUCGUCAGGUCAAUCGGUUGCAAAAGUGACAGCCGAUGAACAGGAUAAAUUAAAAGAAAUUGAAACAGCUGUUGAGAAAAAUCGUUCGUUAGUAACAGAACGGCUUUUGGCUGCAGUUACAAAAGUGGAACCAAGGAUGCAUCGAAACUUUAGAUUGGUUGAGCGAUCUUAG